AUGUACGCCGGGGAAAUCACGUGGGAUCGGUGUAUAUCGAACGGGAUGGAUCGUAAUUCGUUGGUAAUAACAUUUAUAAUAAUAUUAUUAAAAUUAAAUUGCGUAAAAUUAUUAUCACAAAAACAAGCACACUUUAGCAAAAAAUACGAUUCCAUGGCGGAAGUGAGAAAAAAUAGCAAAGGACACAACGAUAAAGGAUUGAGAAUAUUCAAUGGUCAACCCGUACCCGAAGGUGUCGCCACCUACGUCGUUUUUAUAAUAAGUUUACUAAAUAAUACGAGAUGCACGGGAAGUUUAGUGACCGGUAGAAUCGUAAUGACCGCGGGUCACUGUGCCAAACCUUUGAUGAUAGUCGCACUAAGUCAAAACAAUCUCGAAUUAUACGUUGAAAAACGUGUGAGAACUCCAUAUGAAAGAUACGUGGGAGAUGAAUUCGGGGUGGAAGAAAGCCUUGUCAGUGAAUACGCAAUUCAUCCGGAUUAUGAAGAAUGGGGAAUCGACGUGGCAUUAUUGAUGAUAAGAAGUCCGUUUAUGCAAACCGUACCAUUUGUUAAAAUAGCCACGGUGAAAGAAGAUAUACUUUUCGAUUGUAUAUCGAUCGGUUAUGGAGUCACGCAAGAUCCGGAAACGGAAUUCACACAAAGAUAUUUCAAGAAUAAAAGAUUAGAUUUGGUGUACUUUAACGAUCCUGUACCCGAUCAAAUAUGUUUCGUUCAUGGGGAUGUCAAUGAUCCACCCGCAAUUUGUCGGGGAGAUUCGGGCGGACCCCUAGUUUGCCACAAUUUUAUAUGGGGAAUCGCAGCUUUCGGGAACUCGGAGGUAGAAUGUUAA